AUGUCUUCUGCCAACGGACACGCUUCUUCAUCUACCAACCCUAACGCGCCAGCUAGGUCGGAGAGCUUGCUCAAAGCUUCAGAUGCUUUGUCAUACCUCGAUGAAUACCCUCGAGGAGAUGGUCUCUCUUUGAACGAGUUGAUGGAUUCAAGGAAGAAUGGUGGUUUGACUUACAAUGACUUCUUGAUGUUACCGGGACAUAUCAACUUCCCUGCGAAUGUGGUAUCUCUCCAAUCCAAAGUAACCAAGAACAUCGUCCUCAACACUCCUUUCCUCUCUUCCCCCAUGGACACUGUCACUGAGGACCGAAUGGCCAUUGCUCUUGCUCUUCACGGUGGUCUCGGUAUCAUCCACCACAACUGUAGCGCAGAAGACCAAGCCGCCAUGGUCAGACGAGUCAAGAAAUUCGAGAACGGUUUCAUCACUGAUCCUAUUUGCUUGAAACCUGACAGCACCGUUGGAGAUGUAUUGGACAUCAAGGCUAGAUAUGGUUUCUGCGGUGUGCCUAUCACAGAAACCGGAAAAAUGAACGGUAAACUCGUUGGUAUCGUUACCGGCCGAGAUGUCCAAUUCCAAGAUGCCUCAGUACCCGUCAAAUCCGUUAUGACCACCGAUCUCGUCACUGGAUCAUCCGGUAUCACCCUCGAACAGGCCAACAACCUCCUCCGAGACUCCAAGAAGGGUAAACUCCCUAUCGUCGAUUCCAACGGAAACAUCGUCUCUCUCGUUGCUCGAUCCGAUUUGUUGAAGAACCAAAACUACCCCUUAGCAUCCAAAGUUCCCGAAUCCAAACAAUUAUACUGUGGUGCUGCUAUUGGUACUCGACCAGGAGACAAGGAUCGAUUGAAGUUACUCGUCGAAGCUGGAUUAGACGUAGUUGUAUUGGACUCUUCUCAAGGAAACUCGGUUUUCCAAAUUGAAUUCAUCCAAUGGAUCAAAUCGACUUACCCCAAACUCGACGUUAUUGCCGGUAAUGUUGUCACCCGAGAACAAGCUGCUCAGUUGAUCGUAGCUGGUGCGGACGGUUUGAGAAUCGGUAUGGGUUCAGGAUCAAUCUGUAUCACUCAAGAAGUUAUGGCUGUCGGUCGACCUCAAGGUACAGCCGUAUAUGCUGUUUCCGAAUUCGCCUCUAGAUUCGGUGUACCAACCAUCGCUGAUGGUGGUAUUGGAAAUAUCGGACAUAUCGCCAAAGCUUUAUCUCUAGGUGCUUCAGCAGUGAUGAUGGGAGGUUUGUUGGCUGGUACCACCGAAUCACCAGGAGAGUACUUCUACCAUGAAGGUAAACGAGUUAAAGUUUACAGAGGAAUGGGUUCGAUCGAAGCUAUGGAACAUACCCAACGAGGAUCCGUCGCUUCCAAGAAUGCUAUCUUAAGUGGAUCAGCCGAUAACGCAGCCACCGCUCGAUACUUCUCUGAAACAGAUUCGGUCAAAGUCGCUCAAGGUGUUUCCGGUGAUGUCGCUGAUAAAGGAAGUAUCAACAAGUUCGUUCCAUACUUGUACACUGGUUUACAACACUCUUUACAAGACGCUGGUGUUAAAUCAGUUACCGAUCUACAAAAGGAAGCUAGAGCUGGUGGAGUCCGAUUCGAACUUCGGACUGCCUCUGCUCAAUUGGAAGGUGGUGUUCAUGGAUUGAACUCUUACACCAAGAGAUUGUUCGCUUAA